CUCCGGCUAGUUACAGCCCUGACGCGCAAUUUAAAGGCCUCUCGCGCGCGCCACGGCGGUAUGUGUUUGACAGACAGCCGCCGCGUUCGAGAGUUCGAUACUCGAUAGUCAUCAAGUGGGUGUUUAACCAAGCAGUAGACGAGUAGACCUCUUCCCGUACCUACAUAGUACAUACUCGCGGUGUUGUCAUACUCUAUUGAGUCUAUCCUACCAGUUUUAAUACACAACAGCUGUACAUGUACACGUAAACAAGCGACCGAGAGAGUGUAUGCGUGCUCUCCUUGUCAUUAACCUGUAAUGCCACUGUGGGACUUCGCUGAUUCUUCACCCGCGUUUGCGAGUCGUCGUCACCGGAGAAGGUGAAAAGAGGCACAGAUUCGAUCGCCCGGACCGUCUUCAUGGAUGUCGAGAUGGAGGCUUCAACUGGAUCUGACAGCGUUGAUAAACCAUGGGAUCAUGCUUGGAGCACAGAGGAAAUGCGAAAGAACCGCAGAGACUGGAGUCUUGCUGGCGAUUCUGGUCUCUUGAAACAUUUACAGCAAUUUUCAGAGAAUUUAACAAAAAAGGCAAAUGAAACACAAGAGGCCAUUGAUUCGAUGACAUCCCAUCUCAACCAGACAGCAAUACUUGUUGACAAUAUAACAAAUACUUCACUGGCUUUAGCUAACACACAAUUUAUUGAAAGUCGAGUUCAAGAGGAUAAUACAGAAAUAGAGCAGCCAGUGGAGAGUAUUACAAAGAAUGAAGAUGAACAUGAAUUUAGUGCCACAUAUUUAUUAGUUAGCGUGUGUGAAAGCAUAAGGCAAGGAUUGAGUAUAAUGGAUGAAAAAUAUGAAAAAGUUGAGGUUGUAGCAAGUGAUAGUGAAGAUGAAGAUGAUAAUGCGAUACCAAGUGUGAUAUUGAGGCCAAAAGAUCCUUAUCAAGACAGGCCUUUGCCAUAUGUUAUUGGUACAGAACAGUGGAAAUCUUCUAAUAAAAUUGGUUUGGAGUCAAGCAGCAGUGAAUCAGAGCAAAAUGAUGAUGAUGAUGAAGAUUCAGCUAGUGAUACUGAUGACAAAAAUAUUGGAUCUAUGUUGAAUCCGAAUGUUCAUACGAAUUUAGGUAUUGGGAGGCUGUCAUCUACAUCCAGUGAAUCCAAUGACUACAAUGUUGAAAGUAGCAGUAUCAAAGAUACUGAUAACAGCAGGUUACAUGCCAGAAGUCAAGAUACUCUUAAUUUAGAUACUGAACCAACUACUCCAUCAAGCGUUUUACCAAAGACACAAAAUAUUAAUAAUGGACCACCUAGUUUUGCUGAAGAAUUAGCCAAAAGGUUAGGUAGUGUAUUGCCAGCUCAAAAAAAUACAAUUGCCCAAGGCACUAAUGAACAAGUUAUAAAUCGUUCAAAAGAUGAGAUGCUCACUCCUGAAGAUGAUCAAGAUGUAUUCAGCAAUAAGUCUGAUAACUUAUUUAAUGAAGGAAAAAAUCUAUUUUCUGAAGAAGUAUCUUCUUCCUCUUGGAAAAACAAGCCUAUAAGACCUGUAAAUAAAAAUAUCAUUCCGCCAAGUGUUGAUGUACCUCCACCGCUCAGUAAUUUUUCAUCCGCGCCAAAGUCAACAAUCGAUGAUUUGUUUGGCGACGCCGAUGAUUCUGAGGAUUCGGAUGACAUAUUUUCUAAAAAAGCUUCAAGAGAUAUUUUUGCUGGUGAAAGAGAAAAGAUCAGAUCUGAAGUCGCUAGUACACUGAAAAAUCCGCACGUUGAAAAUGUACAAAAUAUUAGCACCAUGACCACCAGCACACCAGAAACAAAUGAUAAAGCGAAAGGUCUUUUUGAAGACGAAGAAGACGAUGAUCUUUUUGGAUCAGUUUCAAAACAAAUUAGAACGCCUGAUACAUCAUCAUCGGCGUCUUCUAAGAAGAAACCAGUCGGAGGUGUCUCGAUAUUCGGCAAGGUGGAUAUUCUUUCAUCCAGUAAAUUUGCACGUAGGCCUUCUUCAUCCUCAUCAUCGGAAAGUGAUUCAAGUGACCAUAGGAUAAGCUCAAACGCAUCGGAGAAUGCGACAGGCCAGAGCAUAGGCAGUACAACUACUUCCAAAAGCAAUAGCAGCAGUGGUGCAAACGUCUCGUCUUCCAUAGAAGCGGGUAACAACGCAAACGAACGACAGCAAGCUGGUAAUAAUACGGGCAGCAGUGGUAGUAGCGGAGUCUCCGUACGGCAGCCGAGUAGUGACUUCACAGUUGGAUCAAGUUUGGGAGCUGGAGACCUGAUGAGCUCGACCAGGCUCAAGUCCGAGGAGAUCUACAACCGUGAACGCAUGCCCAGCGACAGUCUCUUCGUUGGCAGGAGUAGCGAUAACAGGACCAACGAGUCGACAGAUCAGCAGCAGCAGAGGGAACAACCGUCGUCUCUGCUGGAGGAUGUCUCGGAGCACGAAGACGUGUUCGGGCCGCCGCCGCUGCCCAAGAGUAACGAUGCUCCAAGGCAAAAGUCGAAGGUAGCCUCGUUGUUCGACGACUCAGAUUCAGGCGACGACCUCUUCGGUAGCGCAAGUCCAGGCUCGCGAUCUCUUCGCAGCAGCGAGCGCACACCUUCCAAGACGACGAUUACGAGCCAAAACCAGCCUCAGCCAAAGAGCAAGGGUCUGUUCGACGACGACGACGACCUGUUCGGACCGAAGGACGCGCCGGACGUCGACCUGUUCGGUAGUGCUCCUGCUAAAAGUUCGAGCAAAGCUGGCGAGGGUCUGUUCGACGACCUAGCCGACGGUGGUCUGUUCGAGAAGCCGAAGGAGAAGAGCAAACCGCAAGUAAGCAGCUUAUUCGGCGAGUCGGAGGAUCCUUUGUUUGGUGAAAGCUCGAAGAAGAGUACUGAGAAGGAAAGCAAAGGGUUGUUCAAAGAACCGGAGAAGACGAAGCCGGCGGUGAGUUCUAAGGGCCUGUUUGAGGAUCCCGAGGACGGGUAUCUAUUCGCAAACGUUGCUAAGCCGGCUGCGGCUGUUGAGAAGAGCAGUAGCUUCAAGAGCAUCUUCGAGGACACCUCGGACUCCGAUUUGUUCGGUUCGUCUUCAAAGAACAUUCUGGAUAAGAACAUAGUGGUUGACCAGUCAUCGGAUAGUUUGUUCAGUGACUCGAAGGAACCGUCUGACCUCUUUGACACUAAAGACACGAAAGCUCCGGAAGAAAAAUCGAGGAAAAAAGAGCCCUCGCCGAAAGGCCUUCUUGAAGAGAAGCCGAAAGAACAGGAGAAACCUAAGAAGCUGACCAUCAGCAUUUUCGACGACAGUAACGACGACGAGGAUCUGUUCGGUAGUGUCUCGAAGAAGUCGACCGGUAGCAACUACUCGAGUCUUUUCGGAUCGGACAAAAAUAUUAGCAUUGCCAAAAAGAUGGAGGAGGAGAAGAAAGUGGAGACUGAGAAAGCGCUAGAGAAGAAGUUCGAGGAGCCUCCACAUGUGAGCGCCAAACCGAAGGCCCUUGAAAAGAGUAGCAUCUUCGACGAUGACGAUGACGACGACGAUCUAUUCGGCGAGAAGAAACAAAAGAAGGAGCCGAGUGAAUCGAAUAAAAGUGCCAAGGAUGAGGUGAAGAAAAACACCGAGAGCAAAAUUAAGACUGAAGGUAAGCCGAACAUAGCCUCGAAGAAGGCCAUCUUCGCCGAGAUCAAGCAGAAGCUGGAGAAACACAAGCUCGAGCAGACAGAGGGCAGGCCCGUUAAGUCCGACUCGAGCGUCGUGGACGGAGCUGUCAUCUCGAAGAAGGAGCCGCCAAAGUCGUUGAAGAUUCAGAUGCCGAUGACCGAGGAAUCGCCCGCGUCGUCGACUCAGCAACCUUUGAAGAAGCUGCUAGUGUCUGGAAAAAUCAAGAAUCUGAUGGGGAAGAUGGGCGACUUGAAGAUUCUCUCGCCGACAGAUACGCCGCCGCUCUUUAGGAAAAACAACGAGGAAAAGAGCAGCGGAAGUAACGAGGAUGAACAGGAGGCUGCUGGAGAUUUGGCAAGCAGUGAGGCGAGCACGCCGAGUCUGCUCAGCGGUGGAUCGUCACCGCAUACUUCAGGUACGAACUCCAGAGCGAGAGAUUCGCCGUCUUUGAAGUCAGACAAUACAGAGGUCGCGAUCAGUUUUGAUGAGCCUGCUCAAGUUGAAACUUUGGCAUCGACGGCAUCAAAGAGCCGAGCGAGAAUCCCAGCGAAGCGACGACCGCAAAGUCGACAAGCGCGUCAGUCAGCUUUGCGUCAUAGUGGUAUUGACUUUGACAUCGUAGAUGCCUCAUCGACAAGUCCUACCAUCGAUCAACCUAAUGGCGAUGUACACCUCGACGUCGACCGUCUUCUACCUUCGAGUCGCACGGAGGCUUCAGAACGAUCCUCGAGACAAGAGUCUGGCGCUCACACAGAUGACAAGUCGGAAAUGAGUGCCUCGAGAAACACCACAGGAAAUCUUCUUUCGCCAUCGACCGACGAAGAAGACCUGUUCGACGUGCCACCUGACCUACCAGAAGAUCCAGCAGCGAAGGAGGAAUCGCUUUUCGGCAGGGCACCGAUUCUUUCGCCGAUAGAGACGGUUGAGAAACCAACCUCUAGGAAGAAAGCUGAAACGACAAACAAAGAAAGUGAACCUGCAAAUAAAAUAAAAGAGAGUCACAAGGAACAGGAAAAGAAGGAGGUAAAGGAAGAACCAACGAGCUAUGCUCCGCUAGAUCCGUUGAGGGAUCAUAGUCACGAUCCUCUGAAGGAUCCAAGUUCGCUUUUUGCCUUUGUUACAAAAACGCCGUCGCCGGAAACGAAUCAAGGUCUACUUUUAAAUGAAGAUGACGACAGUCUCUUCUCAAGCUCUUCAAAGUCUACCGACAAACCAUCGGAGAAAAAGUCAAAACCAGGUCUGGACUUAUUUAUUGAUGAUGAUGAUAAUACAAGUGGUAAUGAUCUCUUUUCAUCAAGUAAAGUAAAGAUCAAGAAGCCAUUAAAAGGUACCAAGAUCGACUUAUUUGACGACGUGGCUGCCGAAGAUGACGACGAUAGUCUCUUUGGACCAGCGACCAAAAAGAGCGAACUGCAAAAGAUCAAAGAAAGCUCAGCCGCUUUGAGUACUGUACCGAGUGCUGCGCCUAAGGUGGAAGAAAAGAAAGAGUCUAAGAGCAAAGAAGACGCUAAAAAGCAGUCUAAAAUAAAAACUGCCACAAAAGAUAUUUUCGAUAAUUCUAGUGAUGACGAUGAUAUAUUUGCUGGCAGUAAAAAGACAAUACCGAACAAAAAGCCGAAAUCUUUGUUCGAUGAUGACGAGGACGAUGCAAAUGAUGACGAUAUAUUUGGUAAGCCUAAAUCAUCGCCAACCAAGGACAGCAAAGCAGCACUAAACAAAGAUCGACCUGUGAUUAAAAAAGCUGUUACUAGGGACCUAAAGAAAACUGCCGAAAAAAUAGUAGAGGAUCCCUUAAGUAUGCUGCAAGAAGAUUAAAAUGCAGAUGUUUGAAAGUUUCGUGCGGGUGAUUUUUACGAGGGUUGAUUUUUUGCAUAAGUUUUUUUAAUUAGAUUUAUAAGCAUGAUAAACUUGAAUGAAUUUUUUGAUUAUUUAUAUUGAAAUUAUUUGUUGCGAAUUUGAAUAUAUAUUUUUUUCAUGAUGGAUCUACGAUCAUACUAGAUUCUUUAGAUUAUUGCUUUUGAUUAAUAGAACGUAUAAAAAUAUAUUAACUGACUGUAAAAGUCACCCGUGUUCUUAAUAACGAAAACGUUACAAAUUGGCGAUAUGAUUAAGAAUAUGUUCAAAUCAUGAUUAAGAUGACGAAACUACUACUAGAUAAGCUGUUUUUAUGGAUAAUAAUGUUGAAUCAAGCCAUCCACUCUUCUGUAUCAUCAAGGAAAGUCACAGAUUUAAGUGUUAAAACAAUCAUUUAUUUCUAAUUAUCUUUAGUCAUUGUACCAUAAUUUUAUAUGUAGAUAAUAAUAACGUGCGAUAUAAGAUCGGUUGAAAAAAUUUGUUUUGUAUUUGCAUCUCCUUCAUUUAUUCAGAUUAAUUUAUAAUAAUCACGUAUUUCAAUAAUUAGGCAAGAUUUAUUUAGAGACAAUAUAAUAAGUUAGCGCUGGGCGCUGAAUGCUGUUUUUCUAGUGUAUAAUGAACUUGAGCAAAAAUAUUUAUUGAACAUAUCGUUUGCGUUUGUCCGUUGAUGAAAUUAAUUUUCUGAUACAUAAUAUAUGAUAGAAAUUUUAAUAGAAUGAAAUGUGCAAAAUUUUAUGUGUAUAUAUUAUUCAUUUAUUUUGCGUAUAAUUUAUAGUAGUGCUAAAACAAAUAGAAAAAUAAACGUCUGAUUUUUUUAAAGAUGCUUUUGUAAACAUUUUUUUUUUCUAUAAAGUAUAUAUAAAGCUGAUUUAUAUACAUAUGUAAAAUUGUACAUAAAAAUAGCAAUCUAAUAAAUUGUCAUUCACCGUCGAUUGGCAAUAUUUCAAUAUGCUAGCAAAAAAAUUAUAUCGAUAGAUUACAUAUUACUUGCAAUGUCAUUCUGUAACAUUAAAAAACUCAUAAAGUUUGAUCAAUGUGAUCAGUAGUACGAUGAUACAAAUUUUUACAAUGUAUAUAGAACUUUGGACGAUAUAUUGUACAACAAUGAACUGCAAAUAAAGUGAAUAGACACGUUAAGAUUAACAUCGGUGUCAAAAAUAAUGUAUUUCAGAAAAUUUAUAUACAUAUACAUAUAAUAAAUGAACAAGUAAUAUAAAUAA